AUGGGGAAGAUGAAGCUGAGGGGGAGGAAGGGGUUGAUUCUCGUCGGAGGGGUGCCGACUCUGCAGGAGAGGUCCACUCUCUUCAUCGACAGAAUCUCGGAGCUGGUGGGUUAUCUUCAUAUCAGAGAGCUUUUUGCUCAAAUUGGAAGGGUUAGCAAGGUUUUCGUUCAGCGUUCUCGCAAGGUGGGUAGGAAUUUCAGAUUUGGGUUUGUCCAUUUUAUGUCCAAGGCUCAUGCAGAGGAGGCAAUAGCUCGCCUCAAUGGGACCAAGCUCGGCGGAAUUCAUCUUUCGGUGACAGUGGCGAGGUACCCUGUGAGUGGUUCGUCUUCCCGGGCUCAAGGGACGGUGGGUAAGUCUGUUCUUCAGAGAGGGGUGUCCUCUGUUUUGCAGAAAGGGGCUGUUAAAGGAGUCAGGGCGUUGCUUCAUUCGCUCUAG